AUGAAAGUAAAGGCUGAUCGUGAUGAAGCUUCACCGUACGCGGCUAUGUUAGCUGCACAGGAUGUUGCAGAGAAAUGCAAGACUCUUGGAAUCACAGCUCUGCACAUCAAACUACGUGCCACAGGUGGUAACAAGACCAAGACCCCAGGACCAGGUGCUCAAUCCGCCCUCCGUGCCCUGGCCCGUUCCAGCAUGAAAAUAGGCCGUAUCGAGGAUGUUACUCCAGUGCCAUCAGACUCUACGCGCAGGAAGGGUGGUCGUAGAGGGCGCAGGCUGUAA